CAUUCAGACAAAGUGAGAACAACAUCAGCGAAAUAAACGCAAUGAAAUUAUUUUUAAAUUUAAGUGUAACACUAAUAUUGUGUCAUUUGGCAAAUGCUUUGGGGCCAUAUACGGCGUGUUUCUAUGAUGCUAACGGUGUGGGAAGGGAAGGUUUAGCCAAAUUCUCUCUUAAUGAUUUAGAAACAGCUUUAAAUUUUUGCACUCAUUUGGUGUAUGGUUAUGUGGGUCUUAAUCCAGAAACUUUCCGUUUGGCUUCUCUAAAUAAUGACAGAGAUGUUAAAGGCAGACACUUCCUUAAGGUUACCGAUUUGAAAGAAAAGUACCCUUAUGUUAAAUUUUUAUUAAGUGUAGGCGGUGACAAAGAUCUGGGCGGUUCUGAAAAAUACAUAAAAUUGUUGGAGGCUGAUCAAGAAAAGCAACAAAAUUUCAUUGAUUCUGCCAAAUAUUUGGUGCGUAGUUUAAAUUUUGAUGGUUUGGAUUUGGCCUUCCAAUUGCCACAAAACAAACCACGCAAGGUUCACUCUUCUUUGGGCAUGGCUUGGAAAUCUACCAAGAAAUUAUUUACCGGUGACUUUGUAGUCGAUAAGCAGGCCGAUGAACAUAAGCAGCAAUUAACUGAAUUGGUGAAAAAGCUUAAAACUUCUUUUGCUGAAAAUGAUUUGUUAUUGAGUUUAACCGUUUUGCCAAAUGUCAAUUCAUCAUGGUAUUUUAAUGUUCCCGCCUUAAUUAAUCAAGUGGACUUCGUUAAUUUGGCAGCCUUCGAUUUUACCACUCCCGAGCGUAAUCCUCAUGAGGCAGACUAUACGGCACCUUUGUAUGCUCCCCCUUUAGAGGGCAACCGUUUGCCUCAUUACAAUGUUGAUUAUCAAAUUGAGCAUUGGACUUCUCAACGUUUCCCGAAGACUAAAAUCAAUGUGGGCAUCGCUACUUAUGGUCGUGCUUGGAAAAUGACUUUAGAGUCAAAAUCUGAGGGUUAUCCAAUCAUACCCUCAACGGAUGGUGCUGCUGAGCCCGGUCCCCAAACUAAAGUUUCCGGCCUUUUAAGUUGGCCAGAGAUUUGUUUAAAAUUACAACCGAAAGCUCAGUUUGCUUUGCGCCGUUUUGCUGAUCCCACUAAAAGACAUGGUACUUAUGCCUUCCGUGCUGCCGAUGAGAAUGGCGAACAUGGUACUUGGGUUAGUUAUGAUGAUCCUGAGAUGGCAGCUACUAAAGCCGCUUAUGUUAUGUCUAAGGGUUUGGGCGGUGUGGCUUUAUUUGAUUUAACUUUGGAUGAUUUUCGUGGUCAGUGUACUGGUGAUCAGUUUCCUAUUUUAAGGGCUAUUAAGUAUAAGUUGUAAAAGUAAAAACAUUAAUUUUAAACUGAAUAAUAAAGUUUAAAUUAAUAUGCAAUUUUA